UUCUCUCUGUGCGUGUGUCCAUGUGCGUGUGCGUGUCUGAUGGAGCUGUGAGAUUUAAACAUCACGUUAUAUCAGUGAGUUAUGAUUUAUUUCUUCAGUACCUGAUGAGAAUCUGAGUGUUAUGAUGGGAAAACAGAAGCAAAAGUUGAGCAAAAGUGUCUCGGAUAAAGUCCGCAAAUCUAAAGCUGCUCCUGAGAUCCAGAAUAAUCCGUUUGAGGUCAAAAUCAACCGCAAGAAGUUCGAUGUUCUGGGUCGCAAGAGUAAACACGAUGUUGGUCUGCCGGGAGUGUCACGAUCCAAAGCCAUCAAUAAGAGGAAAGAAACUUUACUGAAGGAGUUCCGACUGAAAGACAAAAGCAAUAAAUUCAUUGACAGACGCUUUGGUGAAUAUGAUAAUAAAAUCACACCAGAGGAGAAAAUACUGCAGAGAUUUACACUCGAGAGACAGCGCACACAGGAGAAGAAGGACAAGUAUAAUCUGAAUGAGGAGGAGGAGCUGACUCAUUUCGGUCAGUCUUUGGCUGAGAUGGAGAAGAUGACUGAUGUGGUUGACAGUGGCAGUGACACAGAGGAGAACGGUCUUCUGUCAGCUGAACUCACGGCGUCACACUUCGGUGGAGGAGGAGGAGGUCUACUGAGGAUGAAGAACUCUGGAGAUGAAGAUGAAGAAUACAAACCCAAAUCACGACAGGAGCUGAUCGAAGAACUCAUCCUGAAAUCUAAACAAGAGAAGCGAGAGCGUCAGAUUCAGAAAGAGGAAGCGCAUGUGCUCACAGAGAAACUGGAUCAGGAUUGGAGAUCCAUCCAGAACCUUCUGUCCCGCAAAACCACAAAACCAGAACAGAAAGACCUGCCCGAGAAAACCAAGGUGGACGAGUAUGACGUGAUGGUGCGUGAGCUGGGUUUUGAGAUGAAGGCUCAGCCGUCAGAGAGGCUGAAGAGCACAAAAGAACUCGCUCGAGAGGAGAGAGAGAGACUUCAGACACUGGAGGCGGACCGACUGAGGAGGAUGAAGGGAGACACUGAGGAAGAUUCUGCUCGCACAGACACACACAUCUCAGCCGAUGAUAUUAAUGAUGGAUUCAUACUGGACAGUGAUGACCGUAAAACACUGUCUUAUAAGGACGGCAAAUGGAACCUUAAAGAUGAAGAGGAUGAGAGUGAGAAGAAGGCUGAUAAAGCUGAAGAGGAUGAGGAUGAUGAAGAGGAUGAGGAUGAUGAAGAAGAAGAGUCUGAUGAUGUUGAGACUGAAGAAGAAGAGGAUGAUGAAGCUGAAGAAGGUCACUCUGAUCUCCAGUCUGAGGAAGGUGAUGAAGAUCAGGGCUGUGAUGAAGAGGAGCUCAGUGUUAAAGUGACUCCAGCUGUGAAUGAAAAGAAGAUGAAGACUGCAGCGAUAGCAGAACUGCCCUACACAUUCACAGCUCCAGACACGUACACAGAUCUGAAGAAUCUCCUGCAGGGUCACUGUUGUGAUGAACAGCGUCUCAUAGUGGACAGAACAGUGAAAUGCACUCAUCCCAGUCUGUGUGCCGGGAAUAAAACUAAACUACAGAAAGUCUUUGGUUUUCUGCUGGAGUAUGUCGGUGAACUGGCAACACAGAAUCCACCACAACUCAAAACCAUCAACAUUCUCAUUCCUCAGAUCCACAGUCUGUGUCAGAUGUUUCCUGAUGCUGCGUGUAAAGUGAUGCAGACGUUGCUAAGCGACAGUGCUCACAGUAUGGAGGAGACACUGGAGGUCAAAGGUCGAGCUGCGAUGCCGGAUCUGGAUAUGUUGGUGUAUCUGAAGAUCACAGCUCUACUGUUCCCCACAUCAGACUUCAGACAUCCAGUCAGCACACCCGCCUUCCUCUACAUCAGUCAAACUCUCACAAAGUGCGGUGUUGUGUCUCUGGAGGACGUGUGUAGGGGUUUGGUUCUCUGCUGUCUGGCGGUGGAGUUUGUGUCUCUCUCUCAGAGGUUUUUUCCUGAGAUGCUGAACUUUCUGCUGGGUCUCCUUCACCUGGCCGUCCCUGAAAAAACCUACACAGGUUAUGUUUUAGUGAGUCCGUUCAGACAGCAGGGGAGACACUGUGAUCUGUUGGUUCUGAAGGAUCCAAGCUCAUCUCUCAGCUGGAGCAGAAAACCCAUCUCGCUGUGUACCGCUCACAGAAACACACUAGACAGUCCACUGGAGAGAGACCAUUACAGGCUGUCAAUCAUUGAUGCAUGUCUGGAUUUAGUAAAGAGAUGUACGACGCUCUAUACGGAUUUGACCUCAUACACCCUGAUCUUCCAGCCAAUCAGAACACUGCUACUAGAACAUCUUCCUGCCAAGAGUUACCCCUCUGAGAUACAGGAUAUUCAGAAAGAGAUUUUAGAGGCCAUCUCUGAAAAACCUUCCCAGCAUGCACCUCUUGUGUUUAAAAAGAAGAAGCCCAUUCCACUAAAACUCUUCACGCCGAAGAUUGUGCAGAUACUGGACUACGGUAAAAAGCGAGGCGACACAAAGGAAGAGAAGGAGAGAGAGCGGCUGAAACACAAAUACAAGCGAGAGUUUAAAGGAGCGCUGAGAGAAAUCCGUAAGGACUCGAGAUUCCUGGCUCAUGAGAAGCUCAAUGACAUCAUCAGCAGGGAUUCGGAGAGGAAGAGGAAGGUAAAGGAACUGUACGGCAGUCUGUCCACACAGGAGGGAGAAUGGAAAGCUCUUAAGAGGAAGAAGGGGAAGUGAUGAUGAUGAUGAUGAUGAUGUCGUCGUCCUCUCUUUCAUUCUUCAUACAAGAAGUGUUUUAAUAUUCUCCUGUUUGUUCUCAUGAUGACUUUGUGUAUAUGAUAAAUGACGAGAGAUGA